ACAUGUUUCACUUCUUCGAACGUGUUUGUGAAACUGAUAUUGAGAGAGAAUUUGUUGGCUACUCGGUGGUGCCCUUACAUAGGCUGAUGUUUUAUGAGUGUGUCGGUAUGAUGGUCAGCCGCCUGUCUCCCCGUUCAGUUUAUAUAACCUAUACCGCCGAAAAGCAUGCAAACACCACGAAUAAUCGGGCUUUGAUGCCAGUAUCAUAACGAAGGGUUUUUAUUUGUAUUUCUUGUAUUUCUCAUUUUCUUCACUGUCAAUUUGCAUUUUUUGUUUUAGGGCAUCAAGAUAACCGAGCUCUUUGUUAUAUAGCCGACAUUCAAAUGAAAUCCACCAGUGCCACAGUCGCCUCUUCUGUGGCUUUUACCACCAAACCAACUGUACAGUAACACAUUCUGAACGAUGCAACCAAUACGGAUGGAUCUGCAAAAUUCACGACAUCACCAAGGUAACCAGACCAGAUAAGACCAGAAAACCCGUGCAGAGGAAACAUACGGAGGUGCAACCCAGACUGUUAGGAUCGGAGAAACCAGUGUGUGUUUAUACAGGUGUGUGGUAUUGUUGCUGUAGGUGUGCAGUAGCUGAGCCAUGGUGAAGCCAGGUAGCAGUCUGAGUGAGAAGAAGAGGCCAGAGGGGGAAGGCUUUGACAGCAUCCCCCUGAUAAGAGCUCUUGAGGCUGGGAAGCUUCAGCACCAUCUCCCCGACAAGGUGAUCGUGACAACCACAGUUGCAAGUCAGCACCAGCAGAGGAAGAAGAAGAAGAGUUUCCUCCCCGAUAUCAAAGCACUCAGCAAGAACCUCCCCAACGGCCUGUCAGACAGGGUCAAGUUCACAGGACUUUUUGUUGCCAUGGUGCUCCUGGCGAGUCUUCUCCUGCUGGUCAUGUUCAAGUCUCUGUGGCUGGACCAGAUGAGAUGCCCUGAAGGUUUUGUGUUUAAGUCUAAGCACUGUACUCCUGAGGCGCGUCUUAUGCACUCCGGACAGCAGGGGGCGGUCUCUGCUCUGGGCCAGCAGGGCAGCCUGUACUCUGCCCUCGCCCGCAUGGGCCAGAGCAAGAGGCCCAUGCCUGAGCUGCUGCCCUCCUCCUGGCUGCCAAUCGUCAAUGCCCUCAAGGAGGCCCAGCUGGCCAAUGAGGAGGCUGAACACGCCCACCAAUAAGAGCUGGAAGCCAAUCAGAGACCUCAGUGAGUCUCGACAACCUGUUGAGGUAUGGCUAUUGCUGACGAGGGAGAAAUCAUUACUGUUCCUAAGAAGGAAUUUGGGAUAGACUAUCCAUGAAGAUGAUGGGUCCUCGUGUGUGUGUGUGGGUGUGUGUGUGAAAAUAUGUGUAUGUGUGUGUUACAUGGAUAUUGAAGUCAUUGUUGUAGCAUAAAAAAAUAAGAUUUAAAUUCUGAGAGGGAAUAUGCUUGUACGAAUGUACGAACGGAGAAUACCAGGAUGCGUUUAUUCACUCCUUCAGCACCGUGGUAUAAAACAGCUGUCCAUGCUAUUAUUGUCUUUGAAUGAAUAUGUGUAAAAAUGUACAGGUGUUCUCAUCAGAGCCUUGCUGACCGAGGGAUCCUCCUUGUGCUACUGUGGCUAACUGCUGUAUUUAUUGGAGCUCGAAGCUCAAGGUGAAGUGGACUCUCUGUCUCUCUCUCUCUCUCUCUCUCUCUAAAGCACGAGUUUGACUCCUGAUGGCCAUGGGUGUGUCAUCUGUGUGAGAUCCUCUUUCUUUCCAGUGUUGACCCUUCUCUUUGACCUUUCUCUUUGUUGUCUGCUACUGACAAAAUAGAAACAGCCGCCAAUCAGUAGAUCAGAUGAGUCACACUUUAUUUGGACGGUCCCCUACGUACAGAUGCUCAGAUUAUAAACAAACUAUCUGUUGAAACUCUGUUAACUACAAUUUAUGGUUAAGAUUAAAGUUAGAGGUUGGGUUUGGUUAAGGUGAUGUUCAGUGAACAAUUACAAAGACUAAACUGAAUUUUUCAAUUUCAACAAACCAUUUGUAAAGUCUCUGUAGGCGAACUAUCCAAAUAAAGUGUCACUGAUAAAUGUUACUUUAGAUUAGUUUGAUGUUUACAUUCUUCUGUUUUGCAAAAAAGAGACAUUAAAGUUACACAGAAUUGUAUCUAAUGAUUUUGUAGUGGUGGUUCAAAUGUUUACAUAUAGACCAGGAAAAUAAUUUCUAUAGGCACACAGAGAUGUGUACUUGUGUACAUUUGUUUCUUAUAUUUUCAAUUUAGCUUCAGUUAAGGUAGUUUAAAUAAACAGGCCUCUUGUGGAGCAAUGCACCUUUAUUCUGUUUGUGCCAAUCCAGUUAUAAUGCACCUUUAUUCUGUUUGUGCCAAUCCAGUUACAUUGCAAAUCUGCAAUGUCCUGAUGAGUGUCCACAGUGUUUCAGUCAAAGCUUGCAGAGUACUUAAUAAAAUAAAUUGAAAGUAUAAAGAA